AUGGGUUUUAUAAUGUCACUGCUUUAAGGUUUUAAGAUAUCUGCUCUGUUUAUUUGUCUUGAAGCUGAUUCUUAUGAGAACUGUUUGAUUUGCUCAUACGGUUAUGGCAUAUACACUGAUUAAAAUGGAAACUAAAAAUGUCAAAAUUCAUAGACUAAUCUUCCUGUUUAAGUUUAGAUUAUUGCGUGUGAAGAUGGAUAUGUUGAUGAAGCAACUAGUAAAUGUACCGCAAAUUGUGGAAUCGGAAAAUAUGGACAAAUUAUUUUUGACCCUAGAGGUUUAAUAAAAACAUCAAGCUGUGAAACUUGUGAUGAUAUCUGCUUUGAAUGUUCUUCAAAAAGUGAGUGCUUAUCUUGUAAAAAAGGAUUUUAUUUGUAUACUGGAUCAUCAUUGAAGUAAACUGGGUAAUGCUUGCAAAAAUCAGGAUAUUUAGAGUUAGUACUUUAUGUUGAUAGUGUUUCUGACUAAUAUUCAGAAGAUCUUUUAACUGGAAUGACUCUAGACGAUCCGUUUUUAUCUUUAUAAAGUGCAUUUGCCAAAGCCUAUGAGUAUGGUGCCCCUUUUGAAAGUGCGUUGAUAAAAAUCUUGCUAAUAGAUUCUACUAAUGGCUAUUAAGUUCAAGUUUUUUACAGAUUAAGAGAUCAAUUUAAAUUCCUUGUCGGGGCUGGUCUAGAAAUCAGAAACAUUGCUUUUAAUGCUUUUGAUUCUAUUUUUGAUCCAAGAUAAGGAUUUGACCUCAAUAAACUUGAUAAUUAUUAUUGUUUAACUGACAAACUGACUAAUGCCAUUUACCCAUUGGUUCAUCAUUAAUUUAGUUUGACAUAUCAAGUUAAACACUUUUAAAAUCUCCUUAAAUUCUGA